GUCCUGGACAUAACCAUGGCGGUGUAUACUUUCACCUUCCUGUGCGCCUUGAGCGUCUUUGCUGCUCUCCAGGUUCCGAGCACCGACGCAUUCUUUUUUGAUUGGUUUGGAGGAUCAUCAUCUUCAGAAGAGGAACAACCCUCUCAACGACUGUCCAUCAGCAAAGCUGAUCAGAAUGAGAUCGUGAACAAGCACAACGACGUGAGAAGAAGUGUUCAGCCCACUGCUAGCAACAUGAUGAAAAUGAGCUGGAGCAGCGAGGCUGCAGCCAACGCUCAGAAAUGGGCCGACAAGUGUACCAUGAAGCACAGUCCUGACAGCUCCAGAAAGAUCAGCUCUAGCGAAUGUGGAGAGAACCUGUACAUGUCUAGCGGGAAGAAAACUUGGAGCCAAGCUAUUCAAAAAUGGACAAACGAGGUGAAGGACUGGCGCUACGGAGUGGGAUCUAUCAACGGAAAAGUGGUUGGACACUACACACAGAUGGUUUGGCACAACUCUAACAAGGUUGGCUGUGGUAUAGCCUACUGUCCCAACAGUGACUACAAGUACUACUACGUCUGCCAAUACUGCCCACCUGGAAACUACCAGUACGCUCGUCCCUACAAAUCAGGACGCUCCUGCGGUGACUGUCCCAAUGGCUGCGACAACAAACUGUGUGGUAGUAUUGCAUCUGGAGGCACCUCGCAACGCUGUCGCUACAAGGACAAGGCCUCUAACUGUCGCUCGUUGAAGCAGCAGCUGAGCUGCAAACAUGGCCUGGUGGCUUCUUGGUGUCCCGCCUCCUGCAAGUGUUGAUUUAAUGCCACAAGUCCACAUGGACUCUGAGUCAUCAGUCACUUUCAAUAAAUGAUACACUUUGA